AGGUGCGCUUUUCCUCUUGCGCUACUGCUCAGGAUACAGAGGACAAUCCUCGCUCCGCUGAGUCCCUCAGUUUUCGUUGGAGGUGAAACCCCCUUGGUUCCUGGGAACCAGCUCCCUGAGUUGGGAGAGGACAACAAGGAAGGAGAAACAAUGUGGAAAAAUGAGAAAUACAAGUCAGUACCUGCUGACGAUAGUGUAACCCAUUCCAAAGGUGAUGGGGACAUCGGAUAUGCCCAGUAUGACUCCAUUCUCCUUAACACUAGAAAGACAGAGGAGAAGCCUCAUCCUCAUUCAGCGUUAGGACCUUACUUCCAGGAUGGCCAGAGAAGAAUAGAUUACGUCCUUACCUACCACAUUGAAAAACCACAAAGUGCCCGCCGGCAAUCAACACAUUCAAUAGCCAGGAGUUUACGAGAGAGCUUGAGUAACAGCUUCAAACGUAAUCGCCGCAGCCCCCCUGUUCAGGAGGACCCUGAGAUCGCUGCUCAGGAGCACCAGCUGGAUUACCAUGAGGACGACAGGCGCUUCCGCAGGGAGGAGUUUGAGGAAAACCUGAGGGAGAUGGGCCUUGAACUGGAAAAAGACGAAGGGACUAAAAUCCCUGGAGUGGGCUUCCUCAAAAUUCAUGCCCCCUGGAACGUACUCUGUCGAGAAGCAGAGUUCAUGAAGCUAAAAAUGCCCACUAAAAAAAAAUAUGAGGUGAAGCAGGGAAGCAACAUCGUUGAGAAAAUCAACUUGUUUAUCCAUAAAAUAACUGCCCCUUUGUAUCCCAAAGUAGAGAAGAACCAACUUCAUAGUGAAAAGCCUCUUUCUUACCCAUUCUCAAGGGAAAAGCAGCAUCUGUUCGAUCUCUCAGACAGAGAUUCCUUUUUUGACAGCAAAACCCGGAGUUCAAUAGUUUAUGAGGUGCUGAAACGUACAAAAUGCACAAGAUCCAAAUAUGUCAUGGGAAUCAGCAGCCUACUUGGCAAUGGGGUUUAUACAUCUGCCUACCCACUGCAUGAUGGAGACAUUGAAGGUGUGCAUGCAGAGCCCAAUGACAGAAAGCUCCUAUAUGAACAGUGGGCAAGCUACAGCAUCUUUUACAAGUACCAGCCUAUUAGUCUGAUCAGGAAGUACUUUGGUGAAAAAGUGGCUCUUUACUUUGCCUGGCUGGGUGUGUACACCCAGAUGCUUAUCCCAGCAGCACUAGUGGGUGUUAUUGUGUUCCUGUAUGGCUGUGCCACUGUGGAUGACAACAUUCCCAGCAUGGAGAUCUGCGACCCAAGAAACAACAUCACUAUGUGCCCACUGUGUGACAGAGCCUGUAGCUACUGGAAAUUAUCCACAGCCUGUGGCACUGCCAGGGCUAGCCACCUGUUCGACAACAGUGCCACCGUCUUCUUCUCCAUCUUCAUGGCGCUCUGGGCUACAAUGUUUAUGGAGCACUGGAAGAGGAGGCAGAUGCGACUCAACUACAUCUGGGACUUGACUGGCUUUGAGGAGGAAGAGGUUGGUAAUACAAACCACCCACGAGCGGACUACGAGUUUCGUGUCAUGCAGAAGAGACUGAGGAAGGAGCAUAAAUCAAAGGUAAGUCUGAGAUCUCAGGGAGACCAAGAAAAGCUGACCUGUGUGGACAGAAUGCCUGCAUACAUGACCAUUCUCAUUAUGAUGUGUUUCUUGAUCUGUGUGACCUUUGCCAUCGUGUUUGGGGUAGUGCUGUACAGAAUCUCCAUCAAGACAGCCCUGCACAUGAGCUCGACGCCAACUUUCCGCUCAAACGUGCGGGCGACCGUCAAGUCCACGGCUGCCAUCAUCAACCUAAUCAUCAUCAUCAUCAUGGACGAGAUUUACGGAGCCGUCGCGCGCUGGCUUACUGUUCUUGAGGUACCGAAAACUGACAAGAGUUUUGAGGAGCGGUUAAUCUUUAAGACAUUUGUCUUGAAAUUUGUGAAUGCUUUCACCCCAAUAGUGUACCUGGCUUUCUUCAGGGGCAGGCUUGUCGGUCGUCCAGGCAAAUAUCUCUAUGUGGUGGGGUCAUAUCGGAUGGAGGAGUGCGCUCAUGCAGGCUGCCUGAUGGAGUUGUGCAUCCAGCUGUGCAUUACCAUGUUGGGCAAGCAGCUUAUCCAGAACAACCUGUUUGAGAUUGGCAUUCCAAAACUCAAGAAACUGAUCCGUCGUCGCAAGACUGAAAUGGACUCUCAGCAGCAGGAGGAGCUGUACAAAACACUGCACCGCCAUGAGAAGGACCACUUUCUUGGGCCCUUUGUAGGCCUCAACCCAGAGUACAUGGAGAUGAUCAUCCAGUUUGGUAUGGUGACUCUUUUUGUGGCCUCGUUCCCCCUGGCUCCCCUCUUUGCCCUGCUCAACAAUGUCAUUGAGAUCCGCUUGGACGCCAAGAAGUUUGUAACUGAAUUCAGGAGACCCCUUGCGGCAAGAGCAAAAGACAUUGGCAUAUGGUAUAAUCUUCUGCGAGGACUCAGCAAAGUGGCUGUCAUUGUUAAUGCGUUUGUGAUUUCUUUCACCUCUGACUUCAUCCCACGUCUGGUAUAUCAGUACAUGUAUAGUCCAGACGGCACCUUGCAUGGCUUCGUCAACCACACACUGUCUUACUUUAAUGUCAGUGAUUUUCAGCCCGGCACUGGCCCACUCAAUCCAACUCACCUGGGUUACGCGGUGGAAAUCUGCAGGUAUAAGGACUACAGGGAUCCUCCAUGGUCUGACACUCCCUACGAAUUUUCCAGAGAAUUCUGGGCUGUAUUGGCAGCCCGGUUGGCCUUUGUCAUUGUUUUUCAGAACGUGGUGAUGCUAAUGAGUGACUUCGUCGACUGGCUGAUCCCAGACAUCCCCAAAAAUAUCAGUCAGCAGAUCCACAAGGAGAAGACCCUCAUAGUGGAGCUGUUUAUGAAAGAGGAGCAAGGCAGGAGAUACCUCCAAAACAAUCAGAAUAACCAAAGUCCUCCACAGCCACGCUCACGUCCUAGCUCUCACGUCCAAUCCAACAACCAUUAGGCCCAGAGAGAGGGCCACAGAGAGUCUAGAGUG